AUGAUAAUUUCAGUACUGGCAGCUUCUGUCCUUGUCAGUCCAACAUUCAUCUCUCCAGCUGUAAACAUGCUGCUGCUGCUCCUACUGCUGUCAUCAGGUGUUGGCAAGGCUCAGCGUGUGAUGGGCCAGAAGAAUAAUGGCUCGUGCGUUUGUGAGGUGAACUCCAAAAUGUGGUCAUUCCCUGCUGCGAGUUACGGGGCCGUGCUGCAGCAGGUUCAGUCCUGUGAGGGAUCACUGAAGAGCCUGCAGGAAAUGGUAGAGCUAUCCAGCCAGCGGCUCCCUGAGAUCCUGGCUCUGAUCAAGAAUUUGACAGACCGACUGGAGCCUCACCAGUACUUGCACAACCAGGGCCUUUACACAGACUUGUCUCUGCACCUGCUGAGCCAGGAGCUCAGCCAGCUGGAGACAGACAUUGUCUCCAUCCACAGCCAGUUAAACAACACCCAAACACGGACACUCUCCAAAGAGGUGGGUAAACUGCGUGCAGAUGUAGUCAGGAUGAAAAUGUCAGACACAAUUAACAUGAAGACUGUCAAAGAGAAACUGCGCUAUCUGAAGAACACUGCUGAAUCCUGCAAGUCAAUCCCCAAAGACUUCAGAGGUCAGUACCCGCACUGCCUCAAAGGCCUGAUGUCCAACAUUAGCGAUCCUGUCACGACCAAGGUCAGUCCCUAUGGUAAGAGCUAUAUAUCUGGAUCUUGGGGCAAACAGGCCCAGGUGGACAGUGAAGGGCAGAGGAACAGCUACUGGGUUCAGCCUCUGCUCAACAGCCACAUCUGGGGCAACACCCUGCGCGUAUAUCAAACCCAUGAAGACUUCAUGGCCUCCGCCAACCAUAGGGACUUUACCUUUGCUCCAUCCUACACUCACGCAGACGCCAUUGAGGGUCCCAGUGCUACUUUAUAUGGUGAAGCACUGUACUACCACUGCUACCGCUCUGCAGAUGUCUGCCGCUAUGACCUGAACAGCAACACUGUCAAGCGGGUGACACUGCCAGGAACUGGCGUGGGCUUCAACAACAAGUUCCCAUAUUGUUACUAUGACUGCCGGGCCAAUACUGAUGUGGAUAUAGAGGCAGAUGAGAUGGGACUAUGGGCCCUCUAUGCCACUGUUGGUAACCAUGGUAAUCUAGUGGUGAGCCGGCUAAUUUGGGACAAUGAGGCUGAGACACUUAAUGUCUCACAGACAUGGGAGACAAGGAUUUUCAAGAGGGCAGUGAGCAAUGCCUUCAUGGUGUGCGGUGUGCUCUAUGCCACUCGUUAUGUUGACGAACACAGCGAGGAGGUGUUCUACGCCUUCGACACAGCAACAGGCAAAGAAGACAACUCACUGGCACUGCCAAUGGAGAAGGUAGCUAAAGGAGUGGCCAGCCUGAGCUAUAACCCCACCAACAGGAUGAUCUACAUGUAUAACGAUGGAUAUCUACUGGCCUACCAGGCCCACUUCUGAGCUUAAACUGUUGUAACUGGCUAUUUCCUGCAAUUUAUUCAUGCAUAUCAUGUACAACAAGAAUUACACAUAACUAAAGGUGAUGCAGCUCAAUAUAUGUCGAACCAUAUCGUAUUAGCAGUCAGGUAUUCAGUGUUGUUAUUUGUAGAGCAUAUCACAUACUGUAAGUGGUAACAAAUGUUUGUAAUGUAACACAGAAUGUUAUCAAGUUGGACAAUCAAUAAAAAUAAAUCACAUAAUAAAAA